GAAAGGUGAUUUAUGGGGAUUGGCUGUAAGGAGCUUUUGCGGAAAAGAAGUUAAACAUAUAACAAAUAGACAGUUAAACAGAACAACUAUGAGCUAAAGCGGGUCUACACCGUAAAGGUCUCGGACUCGGUGUGUUUAGGUGUAUGAGAGUUUGGCAGACAUGGUGGAGGUAUUUUCUGGUCGGACUCUCCUGAAUAAAGACGGGGAGUUCGUGGACCCGGAGGAAGCUCUGCGGAACAAGGUGGUGGGGAUCUACUUCUCAGGUGCAUGGUGCCCACCGUGUCGGGACUUCACGCCCAUUCUGUGUGAUUUUUACACAGAGCUGGUGGAAGAGAGCGAGCCUCCUGCUCAGUUUGAGAUCGUUUUUAUCUCCUCUGACAAGUCUCCUGAUGACAUGGUCGAAUAUUAUCAUGACAUGCACGGAAACUGGCUGGCUUUACCCUGGAAUGAUGAUUACAAGCAUGAGUUAAAGCAGCGCUACAAGAUCACAGCCGUCCCCAAACUGGUGAUCGUGAAGGAGAACGGAGAUGUGAUCACCGAUAAAGGAAGGAAGCAAAUCCGAGAACGAGGCCUGGACUGCUUCAGGUCCUGGUUGGAUGCUGCUGAGAUCUUUCAGAACUUCAAGGGUUAAGGAGAAGCAUAAACCAAAAGUCAAUUACGAAAAUAUUCAGCAGAAUAAAUUAAAAAAGUGACAAUGAAAAAAAACAAAAGGAAACAAAAAAACAUUUACCCAAAAAAUCUCUCACUUGUUACUGAUGGUAUUUUUCAACCUUAUAACACUGUGAUUGAGCUUCUUUGAUAACAGCUUUGCAAACAUGCAGUGAAAUACUGCUCUAGUACAGACCUUCCUAUGCAUUUAAGAUUCAUCUCAGGCUCAGCUGUAAGGGAAACUGUAUGAUUCACAGCUGCUGUAGAUCUCAGGUUACAUUAAAUCAUCCUUCUGCAACAGUUAGGAUUUCUACUACAUCUUCCUCCUAAUAAGGAGACUUUUAAUACAUUACUUUGGCUAUAUAUUUUUAAGCAGCUCAUAAUUUUGUUCAUUUUAUGUUUUUUAUAUGUAAUUGGUAAUAAAAUGUACAUCUUAUGAUCUCUAA